AGAGAGAGAGAGAACUUUAAUGAGAACCAGCAGUUUAGUCGGCUGGGCCUAGGCCUCCCACGAUGGGACGUCGAGGUCUUGCCUCUUCGCCGCUUCAUACACCUGCUGGGUCGCCCAGAGUUGGUUGUCGAGAUGGGAGCUGCGCAAGGCAGCGUUCAAGUGGACAAUUAAUGCUUUCGCGUUCACAACUAAGAGGUGCUGAGGUGUCCUCGGAUUUUUCAAGAAGUUAUGAUCAACGCCAUCACAUAAGCAUAAGCGCCGGCCCCGACGUUUUUUUUAGAUUUGCGCGUGCUUCUCGUGAAGGACGACGACGAAGAAGAAGCGUUCUCCUCUGUCGGCCGUGACGAUUCGUCGUUCUCGGAAGCCGUCGCAAUGCGCCGUCGCUCAUCCCAGUGGACCUUUGCCACCAGGGAUGACGAUGCGUCGGACUCGGGCGAGGAGUACGUCCCUUCGUCGCAGUCGUCGCGCCACCGACGCCGGCGAUCGUCGCGGCGCAAGUCAACGUCUCCUUCGGCGUCGUCCGCCAGGUCGCGCCGCGGGAGCCGCAGGUCGUUGUCGCUAGUGUCGCGUCGCUCCAGCAUGUCGUCUUCGAUGACGUCGUCGACGUCGGUGGCCUCACGGUUUUCCCGUAUGCCGCACGGUGCGGCCCCCGCUCCGGCCACCACUGACGAGGACCUCUCCUCCGAGAUGGACAGCACCGAUGAGGACGCCGAAACCAAGAGGCUCCGCGAGCCGUCGUUCAACAUGGCCCCCGAGAUGAGCGGCUGCCUGCUGCAGUUCGCGGUGGACGUGAGCCGCAAGCUGCGCGAGGGCGGCGACACGCGCAACCUGCUCGUGUCGCCCCUGCUGCUGGCCGGCAUGCUGGUCAUGCUGCUGCACGGCUGCGCGUCGCGCACCAGCGCCUCGGCGGCCGCCCUGGGCCGCGCGCUGCACGUGCACUGGGCGCCGUUCCGCAUGGCGCGCUCGUACGACCGCGUGGCGGGAGCCACCAUGGCGCCCUUCCGGCGGCCCAAGCUGCGCGUGCGCCACUUCACCUACACGUGCUUCAUGGCGCUCUUCCACGACGACAGCGUGCCGCUCGCCCGCUCCUACUACCAGAUGCAGGUACCGCGCCAUAGACGUCCGCACGCAAAGUUUCAUCAUAGACGGCAGCGCUCGUUUCUCCCCUGGCGGGACGAUUUCACUUCCCACGGUAUAGGCAGCGUGCAUCCGCCAGGAGCCUCGACCGUCGCUUCGCGAUCGGUGCCGCUCGUGGCGACCUCGCCGUCCGCGUCGGGAACGCUCCGCGCCGCGGACACGCUUGGUCGCGUAGCGAUCCAAUGUGACGGCGACCGCGAUCAGUGAUUCGCUGUCCAUAACGACCGGCUUUUUUUUUUUGACUGAGUACGUCACUGAGUUUUUUUUUAUUUUCCGAGGUAGAAAUAUAGUUAAAGGCGAACACUUUACUCAAGCGGGCCAUGUCCUUGACGUGAAAGCGGUGGCUUCGACGGCUGGCGUCGAGGUACAGAUUAGUGCGCUAAUUAGCGGCAGUAUCAUAAGGACAUCCGUGCAACCCUCCUGGGUGCAAUUUCCUCCCUUUCAAAUGACCGUGUUAUAUUCCCCUUCUGCAUUAUAAAUUGGAAGCUGUAUCAAGCGACGGAUGCAUGCCGACGGAGCUGCUUGCGGACUUCUUGCAGACUUCUGCAAAAAUAUAUUGGUUGUAAGCAGGAUGGAACUCUUAUUUGAAUUUCACGUUGCACACAAAGGGCUUCCUGCAUAUUUCUGCCUACUUUGCGAGCAGGCACUUUUUCCAGUUUCUUAUGAGCAAACGAACAAAACUAUGUAAGAUGUCGUAA